CCAUGAGGAACGGCGAUGACCUGGAAGGCUUCGACGGCGAGGCGUCCAGCGCCUCCAUGAUCUCGGCGGCCAGCAGCCCCUACCAGCCCACCACGGAGCCCGUCAGCCAGCGCCGCGGGCUGGGCGGCCUGCGCUGCGACCUGGACUACCUGCGGGGCACCUUGGGCAGGCUGAAGCUGGCCGAGGUGCUUUUGGCGCUGACGGCGUUCAUCUGCAUAGAGACCAUAAUGGAAUGCUCCCCCUGCGAGGGCCUUUACUUCUUUGAGUUCGUCAGCUGCAGCGCUCUCGUGGUCACCGGCGCUCUCCUGAUUUUGUUCAGUCUCAGCCUCCACACAAGAAUACCCCAGAUCAACUGGAAUCUCACUGAUCUGGUCAACACUGGACUCAGCACUUUCUUCUUUUUCAUUGCCUCUGUAGUACUGGCUGCUUUAAACCAUAAAACUGGAGCAGAAAUUGCUGCUGUGGUGUUCGGGUUCCUGGCCACGCUGGUGUUCGCGGUGAACGCGGCCGUGGCGGUGCAGCGCUGGCGGCUGGGCCGGCGGCAGCAGAGCCGCCAGAGCAGCGAGUACGUGCGCGCCCGCAGCGAGUCCCGCGAGGUGGUGCACCGGCCCGAGAUCCAGCGCCUGGACGCCUGAGGGCCGCCCCGAGGGAAAAACAGCGCCCAGCUCCCUCACGGAACAAGGCUUUGGCUUUAUUUAAGCAGGAAAAGGUGCAUCGAGGCUGGCGAGGAUGCCCAGCCCUGCACGCGUGCAGAGGUGUGUUGAGCCAGAAGCUGCUGUCGUGGAGGCAGAAAAUGGUGGUGGUUCCAAAGGAAGAUCCCCUCAAGGCCUCCGCAUAGACAUGGGCAUAUAUUAUAUAGCUCCCAGAAUAUAUAAUGUAUGUCUGUUCUGAAGUGUGUCACUGCUUUGGAUUACCUGCACAGAGUUCCCUUCCCUCUCUGGAGAUGCCCUGUUCCUGCAGCCGCCCCGGGGACGGAGCAGCCCUGCCCGGCUGCUGAGGGAGGAGAUGGAGCCCCCAACGUGCCAAGGAGCCAGGGGCACUCAGCAAUAACUCAGCCAGCGGGGCCCGUCCGUCCCAGACUGUGUCUGUCUGUCUGUCUGUCCUCCUGCCCCGAGCUCUGCCCAGCUGCCUGCCUGCGGGAAGCCGUGCCAGAGCUCUGCUGGUGCUGGGCAGGGCCCUGCCCGAGCCUGGGGGCACCGAGGGCACGGAGGGGCUGCCUGCUCCUCUCGGGACACAUUCCAGUGCUCAUUCCAAAGUGGGAAAAUAAAUGCGUUUAGGAGAUGGGGUGCACAAAAGGGGCUUAAGGGGCACAGUAGAGAACGAAGGGGUUGUCAUCCUACAGACUUACAUUCCAGCUGUGGCUUUCUUUUUCUUUUUUUUCCCCCUUUUUUCUUUUUUUUUUUUUUUAAGGUUCAGCAUUUCCAGAAGUUUUUGCUAGAACUUGCUUUCCCUCUAAGCCCAGGGUAAGCAAGAACUAGCAAAAAUGUAUGUGCUUUUAAAGUGUUCCUAAGGUUGCAAUGUUGCGAUUCAUGUAAGGUAAAUAUUUCUUUUUGGAAGGAUGGUUGUUCUGAAAUUAAAACUUAAUUGGUGGUAAGUGAA